UGUGCUUUCAAACCUUUGUUGAACAGACAGCACCAUCUAGUGGCUUCAGAAAAUAAAGACUGGUUCAUGAGGCUUCAUUUGGCCAUCACUACCCAAAUCACUAACUUUGCCCCUGGUAAUAAUAAAAGCAGAGCGAGGAGCGGCUGGAUGAGUCACAGAGCAAUGCGUCCUCGUAUUUAUAUAUAAAUCCAUCUAAAGUGUGACUAAAACUGAAACCAACACAAAGUAGUCUGAAGUCUGAAGACGUCACUUUCCACUGCUGAGCAUAUGACAGCAGUGAUGGUCAAAUGAAGCCUCGUGAGCCACUUUCUUUAUUUACUGACUCCACCAGAUGGCGCUCUUGGUUUAAAGAUAAAGGCUGAAGGAAAGGCAAUGAGCUUUCAAACAUUUGUUGAACAGACAGCGCCAUCCAGUGGCUUCAGAAAAUAAAGACAGUGGUUCACGAGGCUUCAUUUGGCCAUCACUAUUUGACAGUCCUUUGAGGUGGAGCAGGUCAGGGGACAAGGAGUAGACGAUGAGAAUCCUGACUGACUGGAGUCCAGAACCUUUUCACCAUCUGAUGCCAUCGCAUGUGGAAUUUUAGUUUUUCUGGUGCCCAGAGAACAAAACAAAGACUUUCUUCCAAAACAGCACAUUUACAUGUCCAACAUGUGUCGAGUCCUUGAACACAUCAUGUGCGCCUAAUGGUUCAAUCAGAGAAAAACAAACAGAACCAAAUCUGAGCUGAAAAUAGUCAAAAAUGACUUUAUUCUACGUCUCAUUUAAAAUUUGGCCCCAGAAAGUACAAACUAACCAGCAGCACCACAAGAGUGAAAAACUGAGGCUUUUUUUUCCUGAACUCCAGGAUUUAGUCUUCAACUUUUAACUUUCAAACAUCAACGUUUUAAAUAAUUUAUGGUGAGGAGGGUUGUGUGUUUUCCUCCACUCCCUCAGGGGGAGUCACACAGCUACACCCUCCUCUGAUAAAUAAACAACAGUCCCUAAAGCUCUACAGAUCCCUCUUUCAAUGACUGGCAGGAAAUCUGCUGCCUAGCAACAGUAACCAAGAGGGGCGGGGCUUGUGCAGGAGCAGGAGGAGCAGUAGAGGAGCGGAAUGGAGGAGGACAAGCAGAACCCGGAGCACCGGAGCAACAAGGUCCGGAGAAGACAAGCAGCAGGCUCGUCCUCUGAUAGCAGCGAUGUUGAGAAACGAAGAGGAAGGAAAGGACCCAGACCUCACGUCUGUCUGCACUGCGACAAAUCCUACACCAGAUCUGAAAAUUUAAAGGUUCAUCUGAGAGUUCACACAGGAGAGAGACCGUACAGCUGUGACGAGUGUGGGAGGACUUUUGUUCGAAGUAGUACCCUUAAAGGCCACCAACGCAUUCACAGUGGAGAGAAGCCAUUCCGUUGUGACCACUGUGGGAAAGGUUUUACUCGGUUAGAUCACCUAAAUACCCACCAACGAGUUCACACUGGAGAGAAACCAUAUAGCUGUGACCAGUGUGGGAAAACUUUCACAGAAGCAGGGACUUUGAAAAACCAUCAACGUAUUCACACAGGAGAGAAACCGUACAGCUGUGAUGAAUGUGGCAAAGCUUUCACAGAGUACGGGACACUAUUAGGUCAUCGCCGUGUUCACACGGGAGAAAAACCAUACCGCUGCCACCUAUGUGGGAGCUCUUUCUCUCGUAGUCACCAUCUUAAAGUCCACCAUCGCAUCCACACUGGAGAGAAGCCGUAUUGGUGUGACCUAUGUGGGAGAACGUUCUCGUGCCGUAGUAAUUUCAAACACCACCAACACAUUCACACCGGAGAGAAGCCGUUCUGCUGCGACCAGUGUGGGAAAACUUUUUCUUCUGGCAGUCACCUCAAAGUCCACCAACGCCAGCACACAGGAGAGAAACCGUACAGCUGUGAUCAGUGUGGCAAAGCUUUCUCAGAGUCGGGCACCUUGAGGGUCCAUCAGCGCAUUCACACAGGAGAGAAACCGUACUGGUGUGAGCAAUGUGGGAAAUGUUUCUCCAACAAUAGUAACUUCAGAACCCACCAACGCAUUCACGCCGGAGAGGAACUUUACUGUUCUGUAAAACGGAGAGGAAGAGAGGAACUCAAAAGUCACCGCUGUCAGCACUGUGACAAAUCCUUCACAUCAGCUGAAUCUCUGAGGGUUCAUCACAGAGUUCACGCUGGAGAGAGACCGUACAGCUGUGACCAAUGUGACAAAGCUUUCAAACGCAAGUCUCACCUAAAUCGUCACCAACGCAUUCAUGCCGGAGAGAAACCAUUCAGCUGUGACCUGUGCGGGAAAGGAUUCGCAAGAGCAUGUUCUUUAAAACUCCAUUAUGGGAUUCAUACUGGAGAAAAACCAUUCAGCUGUGACCAGUGUGGGGAAACUUUCCUACACAGGGGUCACUUUAAAAACCACCAAUACAGUCACACUGGAGAGAAACCAUACAGCUGUGACCAGUGUGGGAAAACUUUUGCUAUUCUUUAUUACUUAAAAAAUCAUCAGCGCAUUCACACAGGAGAGAGACGGCACAGCUGUGUUGAAUGCGGAAUGGCUUUCACAAGGCGAACUGAACUUAAUCGUCACCAGCGCAUUCACUCUGGGGAGAAACCAUACUGGUGUGACCUCUGUGGGAAAAAUUUUGCCCGGUCGAGUGCCUUACACGUCCACCGACGUACUCACACAGGAGAGAAACCGUACUGGUGUGACAAAUGUGGGAAAACGUUCACCUCAUCAAGUGGACUUCGGGUGCACCAACGUGUUCAUACCGGAGAGAAACCGUACAGCUGCAACCACUGUGGGAAAUCUUUCACCUCUCAAGGGAGCCUAGAAGUCCACCGACGUAGUCACACUGGAGAGAAACCCUUCUGGUGUGACGAAUGUGGGGAAACUUUUACCUCAUCAAGUGGACUUAGAGUACACCAACGUGUUCAUGCUGAAGAGAAACAGAAAGAGAAAACACUCCACCGUCCAGAGACAGCGUUAGCCACUGACGGCCAAGGCAAUAGGAGCGGAAUGGAGGAGGACAAGCAGAACCCGGAGCACCGGAGCAACAAGGUCCGGAGAAGACAAGCAGCAGGCUCGUCCUCUGAUAGCAGCGAUGUUGAGAAACGGAGAGGAAGGACCAAUCUCAAAUGUCACCACUGUCAGCACUGUGACAAAUCCUUCACAUCAUCUGGAUAUCUAAGGAUCCAUCAGAGAGUUCACACCGGAGAGAAACUACAUAGCUGUGUCCACUGUGGGAAAACGUUCACUCAGUCCCAUCAGUUAAACACCCAUCAACGCAUUCACACAGGAGAGAAACCCUACACCUGCGACCAGUGUGGGAAUGCUUUCACGCAGUUAAGCACUUUAAAGGCUCACCAGCACAUUCACACUGGAGAGAAACCUUUCCGUUGUGACCUUUGCGAGAAAGCCUUUACCACACGAGGGAAACUGGAAGUCCACCAACAUGUUCACACGGGAAUCAAACCGUACAGGUGUGAUCUAUGUGGGCUGACAUUCACACAAUUAGGGCACUUAAAAUCCCAUCGACGUAUUCACACUGGAGAGAAACCGUAUAGGUGUGACCUCUGUGGGAACGCUUUCGCCCGGAGGAGUGCCUUACAAGUCCACCGACGUAUUCAUAGUGGAGAGAAACCAUACAGCUGUGACCAGUGUGAGAGUGCUUUCACUACAUCAAGCUAUCUGAAAAUACAUCAACGUAUUCACAACGGAGUGAGACCUUAUAGCUGUGACCAGUGUGAGAAAGCUUUUGUCACUCAAGAUAAACUAGUAAUUCACCAACGUGUUCACACUGGAGAGAAACCUUACGGGUGUGAUAUAUGUAAGAAACCUUUUGCUACCUUGGGUGAGCUUAAAAUUCAUCAACGUAUUCACAGUGGAGAGAAACCAUACUGGUGUGACCAAUGUGGAAAAAGUUUCCCUCAGAGUAGUAGACUCAGAGCUCACCAACGCACUCACACGGGAGAGAAACCAUACAACUGUGACCAAUGUGAAAAAGGUUUCACCACUCCUGGAAGCCUAGAAACCCACCGACGUGUCCACACUGGUGACAAACCGUACUGGUGUGACCAAUGUGGGAAGACUUUUUCUCAGAGUAGUCACCUGAAAGCACACCAAGACAUCCACACCUGCCCCCCUCUCCCUAAAGUCCUGCCUUCGCCACAAACUAUGUAGCCACGAUGAUAAAAUAUUUUUAUUUUGUAAAGGCCAACAAUGCAGCACGCCCUCCAUCACAGCUUGUAGUAGCUCUGUGGGGCUGGCUCUGUAGGGCCGGCUCUGUAGGACUGGCUCUGUAGGGCUGGCUCUUUGGGACUGACUCUUUAGGACUGUCUGUGUUGGGCUAGUUGUGUGGGGCUGACUCUUUAAGACUGGCUCCGUGCUACUGGCUCUGUAUGGCUGGCUCUUUGGGACUGGCUCGUUAGGACUGUCUGUGUUGGGCUGACUCUUUAGGACUGGCUCUGUGGGGCUAUGUCUGUAGGGCUGGCUCUGUGGGGCUAUGUCUGUAGGGCUGGCUCUGUUGGGCUAUGUCUGUGGGGCUGGCUCUGUUGGGUUAUGUCUGUGGGGCUGGCUCUGUGGGGCUAUGUCUGUAGGGCUGGCUCUGUGGGGCUAUGUCUGUAGGGCUGGCUCUGUUGGGCUAUGUCUGUAGGGCUGGCUCUGUGGGGCUAUGUCUGUAGGGCUGGUUCUGUUGGGCUAUGUCUGUGGGGCUGGCUCUGUGGGGCUGGCUCUGUAGGACUGGCUCUGUUGGGCUAUGUCUGUGGGGCUGGCUCUGUAGGACUGGCUCUUCAGGACUGGCUCCAGGCUGACUGAAGGCUGAACACCACUGGUGCCCUGCCCUGAUUUAUCUGUAACUCUUUUUUUUUAUCUUAAAACACUGACAAGCCAAAGCGUGUUUAAUGCAUGUAUUAUUAAAGUAUCACCACAAAGAACCAAAUGAACCCUGCAGCAGUGUAAAUAUGUUAAAACCAGGAGCCUGGAUGAUUAAAGGUUUUACCUGUGUCCGGCACAGAGGCACAACUGGUGCGUCACCUGCCAUCUGUUACACCUGAAAUGGAAGCAGACCUGAUACACGUGGCCCCAGGCUCUUUGGUCUGGGUCAGUUAUGAGUUUUUGCAUGAAUAUUAUAACAAUAUCAAUAUUAUGUGAAAUAAAGGACAAUAUUAUCAAUAUGAAGACUAUAUGUUGGCUCAUAUCACAGAUGUGUAAAUUAAAAAUUCCACUGUAACACUGUUGACUGCAGCAGUGUUUUCUUUCCAUGCUGCCUUGUUACGACUUCCUUUAAUGACACUUUUCAGGCUGACAAACAGAAGCAGUUGGUUAAAUUGGACCUGGGACGUCAGUGUUUCAAUUUCUAGCUCAGAGAAGUUUCUUUUCUUGGCUGUAUUACGUCUCUUCAUGUCAUAAUCUCUCGGGCGAGGCCUCCAAACCCUGAAUAUAUUUGGACGGGAUGUUUAAGUGACGAUUGUGACAAGAACAUUUCAUUAAUCACAUCAUUAGAUGAUUUCCGUGUUCAGAUUUGUGAUGGUUUGUGCGUUAGAAUGAUAAAUGAGCACCAGUGUGGUGUAAUGAUUCCUGAUCCACUUAGAUUUUCACUUUCUAAAAAACAGUAAUAAUAAUUAUGGCACUAUUAUUAUCAUUUUGUAAAGUAUUUAUUCCCCAAAGUACCAAUUUGAAGUUUAUCAAGUUUUUGUUGCACUCAAUUUUUGAUUUUAUUCCUGUAAUUAAAAUGUUUAAAGUCAAUCACUAUUUAAUCAACGCCGCAAUUAAGUAUUUUUUCUUUUUACUAUCCAUUAAUCAUAAGUAUAUAGUUUAUUACAGUAUAAUCUUAAGUAUUUUCUUAUUUGAUAAUUGCUUGGUAAGACGAAAGCAAAGUCGAUUCUAGUCGAAGCAAAGACGCUGAUUCGUCAACGAUGGCGCCAGCUGAGGUGAAGACACUUCAGCUCCACACCGCUCCUCCUCUCCAUCACUGCUCUGCCUCCCUGAUGUUGUUUCUGGAGGUGAAAUUCAUUCUUUGGUUUCACUGUAACACCUGUUUACAUCCUGAUCUGUCAGUAAAUGUGGUUGUUGAACUUGCUUCCUGUCAGGACCACUGAGCUGUUUUUAAUGUUCUCAUUAAACGAGUCGACACAAAAAG